AGUAAGUAAAUGUAAUCUUCAAUUAACCCGCAAAUCAAACACCACGUUUUCUCUCUCCGCGCUUCUCGAGAUUCCUGAAUCUGAAUCUCAAAGCAAAAUGCCGAGCUCCUCAGUUCUCCGGCGCGACGGCCGGCGGUCCCACCGGAUCCUCAGCCAACGCCGCCGUGGCCGCCGCUGCAACGCCACCGCGGUGCGGUUCUCCGCCGUCGCGUGCGGUGCUCCGCUGUGACGCUCCCCUUCGCCGCGUCGCCCGGCGGCCGGCGGAGGAGGAUAAGCGGUUCGGGGGGCGAGAAUUGAGAACCGGAGAUUGGAGGAGGACGGGUUGUCGUACAAAGAGAGGUUUGUUGUGAGAUGCUACGAGGUUGGGGUUAACAAGACUGCGACUGUUGAGACCAUCGCCAAUCUCCUUCAGGAAGUUGGGUGCAACCAUUUCCAAAGUAUAGGAUUUUCCACAGAUGGGUUUGCCACCACCACGACCAUGAGAAAACUUGGUCUUAUUUGGGUUACCUCUCGGAUGCAUAUUGAGAUGUAUAAAUAUCCAGCUUGGGGUGAUGUUGUUGAGAUUGAAACAUGGUGUCAAGGAGAAGGAAAGAUUGGCAUCAGGCGUGACUGGAUUCUUAAAGAUUUGGCUACUGGUUCUGUGAUCGGCAGAGCUACUAGCAAAUUUGUGAUGAUGAACCAAGACACUAGGAAGCUUCAGCGAGUAACUGAUGAAGUGAGGGAAGAAUAUCUAGUCUUUUGUCCAAGAACUCCUAGAUUUGCCUUCACAGAAGAGGACGACAACAGUUUGAAGAAAAUCCCGAAACUUCAAGAUCCUGCUCAACAUUCACGGUUCGGGCUUGCGCCAAGGAGAACUGAUUUGGACAUGAACCAACAUGUAAACCACGUCACGUACAUCGAGUGGGUUCUUGAAAGUGUGCCUCAAGACAUAAUUGGCACCUACGAGCUGCAAACAAUCACCUUGGACUACAAGAAAGAAUGCCAGCAUGAUGAUGUAGUCGAUUCUCUUACCAGUUUGCAACUCUUGGACGAUGAAAAAGAGCUUUUACCACGUGAUGGAAGCAAGGGGUCUGCUAUCCGUAAGCAAGAAGAUCAAGAUGGACGUCGGUUUCUGCAUUUCUUGAGAUCGUCGAACAAUGGAGUUGAAAUUAAUCGGGGUUGCACUGAAUGGAGGAAAUUAUCUCGGUAAUUUUUUUUUUUUUUUUGUAAAAGC